GCAGGAGUCUUAACCCUAGAUGGUCUUUACAGCCCAUCUUGUUUUACGACACGACACUUCUCUCUACGACACUCAUCCCUGGGUCUGACCCGUUAGUCGACGUACGAUAAUGGCCGAGGAGAAGGAUUUGGAAGUGGCGGUGGCCUCGAGCCAGACGAGUGCCAGCAACAAGGAAGUAGGUGAUGUUGACACCGUGGAUUGGUCACCAGAGGAGGAACAGAGGUUGGUGCGAAAGCUGGAUUGGAUCAUCCUACCUCCCCUGGUGUUCGCUUUCCUUGCUCUUCAGCUCGACAGAGGCAACAUAGGAGCGGCGUACACAGACGGUUUCGCCUUUGAUGUGGGCAUAACCCAGGAUCAAUACAAUACUGGUAACACUUUGUUCUCGGUUGGCACCGUUGUUCUUCAAAUACCAAGCAACUUGAUUCUCUACCGGAUCGGACCAACAAUUUGGGUCGUUGCACAAAUAUUCGCCUUUGGCCUAGUAUCUACAUUCCAAGCGUGGCAGCAUGGCCGCCGGGCCUUUUUUGCAACGCGGACGCUCCUUGGGCUGUGCGAAUCCGGCUUUAUACCCGCAGGUCUUUACACCCUAUCACGAUGGUACAAGAAGAGUGAAAUUAGCAAGAGAUACGCGAUAUAUUUCUUUGGAAACAACUUGGCGACUGCUAUCUCAGGCCUCCUAGCGUCUGGCAUCCUGCGUCUGGACGGUGUACGCGGAUUCUAUGGUUGGCAGUGGUUGUUUAUUAUUGAAGGAGUGUGGACACUUGCUACUGGCGUCUACUUUGCCAUCAUCUUCCCCAAGUCGCCGGACCACCCGGUCUCGCUUUUGGGCAUCCGCUGGUUCAGUGAGCAUGAUUCCCACAUCAUGACUCGCAGGGUUUUGAUCGACGACCCUGCAAAGGCUCAAGGACGGUUGCAUGUGAGCUGGCAUGAGAUCCGGAGGACGAUUACGAACUGGCGACUUUUCUCCCACAUCAUCAUUCCUCUUGCUGGAAUAGCCCCUUCUUGGACGCUGGGUGCUUAUGCACCUUACUUGAUCAUGGAAAUGGGCUACGGCUUACUUACAGCCAAUGCACUGUGUUCUAUUGGAGGCUUCAUGUUGUUGCCAAUGAACCUCCUCUGGGGUUAUAUUGCUGACCGUACUCGUCGCCGUGGCUUGAUGGUAUCAAUCGGACUCUUCCUCUUCCUCGCUUUUACAAUUGCCAAUCGCAAACUCAUCCUUGUCGACAAUAAGAAGCUCAGGCUUCCGAUGCUUAUAUUCAUGGUUGCGUUUUCCGCCUGUUGGUAUCCUAUCAAUGCAUCCUUGGUAGCACUGAACGCCAGCACGCCCGAAGAGAGAUCAGUCUCCUUGGCAACCGUCACAAUGUGUGCAAACCUGGCCGGAAUUAUCGGCAGCAACCUUUUCCGGGCGUCCGAUGCGCCAUUCUACCCCCACGGAUGGGACUCCCUCUGUGCAGUUGUAGGCACGGCUCUUGCGUUCUCCUUGAUCGUGAACCUUCAAUAUUACAUUUUGAACAGGAGAAUGCGAAACAAAGAGGGAGUGGAGCCAUGGCACAUUUAGUGACCGACUGCGGUUGAGGAAUGGACUGGUUGGCAACAUUAGUGGUUGCUUAUGACGAGAUGCCUGAUUUUUGUAUGAAGCUCCUACGCAUUGGCAUUUUCCGCAUCACAUACCCCUUUUCGCUUUAUUUUCUUUUUAUUUUUUAUUUUCUUCUUUCCUUGCGGAUAAUUGUAUAUAUCAAGCAUGACAUUGGGGCAUCUGGUAUUGGGGUUUCGAAGAAAAGGAAUCUACUUGACGAGUAGUGUUCACUGCUGAACUAUCAAGAGGGUUGACAGUUAUUAGUAGGGGACGAACAUAAGCAGGAGAACACCUACGAAGAUCAGUCAAAGGACAAUACACACUGAAAGAUUUUUCUGGAUG